AUGUGUGAACAUAGUGAAGCAGCAGCUAUUGAGGAUCGGACGCCGGGUGCCAUGCCGUUGUUCGCUGCGUCUUCUGCGACUGCCAUGAGUGCUGUCGUGCCCUCGGGGACGUGUGGCGGUCGUGUUCAGGAUGAUGAGCGGAUCGUUUGGGAGGCGUACUGUUUCAACCCCAGCUCUUCAACCCCAGCUCAUCAACCCCAGCUCUUCAACCCCAGCUCUUCAUCAACCCCAGCUCAUCAACCCCAGCUCUUCAACCCCAGCUCUUCAACCCCAGCUCAUCAACCCCAGCUCUUCAACCCCAGCUCUUCAUCAACCCCAGCUCAUCAACCCCAGCUCUUCAACCCCAGCUCUUCAACCCCAGCUCUUCAUCCCCGGCUCUUCAACCCCAGCUCAUCAACCCCAGCUCAUCAACCCCAGCUCUUCAACCCCAGCUCUUCAACCCCAGCUCUUCAACCCCAGCUCUUCAACCCCAGCUCAUCAACCCCAGCUCUUCAACCCCAGCUCUUCAACCCCAGCUCAUCAACCCCAGCUCUUCAACCUCAGCUCUUCAACCCCAGCUCUUCAACCCCAGCUCAUCAACCCCAGCUCUUCAACCUCAGCUCUUCAACCCCAGCUCUUCAACCCCAGCUCAUCAACCCCAGCUCUUCAACCCCAGCUCUUCAAUCCCAGCUCAUCAACCCCAGCUCUUCAACCUCAGCUCUUCAACCCCAGCUCUUCAACCCCAGCUCAUCAACCCCAGCUCUUCAACCUCAGCUCUUCAACCCCAGCUCUUCAACCCCAGCUCAUCAACCCCAGCUCUUCAACCUCAGCUCUUCAACCCCAGCUCUUCAACCCCAGCUCAUCAACCCCAGCUCAUCAACCCCAGCUCUUCAACCCCAGCUCAUCAACCCCAGCUCUUCAACCCCAGCUCUUCAACCCCAGCUCUUCAACCCCAGCUCUUCAACCCCAGCUCUUCAACCCCAGCUCUUCAACCCCAGCUCAUCAACCCCAGCUCUUCAACCCCUGCUCUUCAACCUCAGCUCUUCAUCCCCAGCUCUUCAACCCCAGCUCUUCAACCCCAGCUCUUCAACCCCAGCUCUUCAACCCCAGCUCAUCAACCCCAGCUCUUCAACCCCAGCUCUUCAACCUCAGCUCUUCAUCCCCAGCUCUUCAACCCCAGCUCUUCAACCCCAGCUCUUCAACCUCAGCUCUUCAACCCCAGCUCUUCAACCCCAGCUCAUCAACCCCAGCUCUUCAACCCCAGCUCUUCAACCCCAGCUCUUCAUCCCCAGCUCUUCAACCCCAGCUCUUCAACCCCAGCUCUUCAACCCCAGCUCUUCACCCCAGCUCAUCAACCCCAGCUCUUCAACCCAGCUCUUCAACCCCAGCUCUUCAACCCCAGCUCAUCAACCCCAGCUCAUCAACCCCAGCUCUUCAACCCCAGCUCAUCAACCCCAGCUCUUCAACCCCAGCUCAUCAACCCCAGCACUUCAACCCCAGCUCUUCAACCCCAGCACUUCAACCCCAGCUCUUCAACCUCAGCUCUUCACGUCAUGCUUACCUCCUUCACCAUUACAAUACUUCCCCAUUACAUUAGAGCAGAGCAAUAGAAUCUUUGACGAUAAAAGCUUCGUUACUUGUAUACAAGUUAAUGGGGAGCUUCAUUACUUGGAUACAAGUUUAUGGGCACCUUCGUUACUUGGAUGCAAGUUAAUGGUGAGUUUCGUUACUUGGAUACAAGUUAAUGGGGAGCUUCGUUACUUGGAUAUAAGCUUAUGGGCACCUUCGUUACUUGGAUGCAAGUUAAUGGUGAGUUUCGUUACUUGGAUACAAGUUAAUGAGGAGCUUCGUUACUUGGAUAUAAGCUUAUGGGCACCUUCGUUACUUGGAUGCGAGUUAAUG